AUGCUCAACGAGGACUUGAAGGACACAUCCUCCCCAAAGAAGCGAAAGAACGAGGAACCCCACGAAGAGAAUGGUCUACCCUCAAAGCUAACAAUCCCUCCAAAGCAAGGCGUGGCUGCUCGACAGACUGAGAAGCCAGGGAAGAGAGCUCGAGUCUCUUAUAGCUGUUCGGAAUGUCACCGACGCAAGCAAAAGCAUGCCAGUCUCUCACUAACAUCCCUUUCCCAUGUCCAGUGUGUGGCCCGCAAAGUCCCAGAGUUAUGCAAAGGUUAUACACCAGGCAAAAGCGAGAACGAUCUUCACCUGCGCAUUGCUCGUCUGGAGCGAAUCAUCGAGCAAGCAUUACCACAAUUUUCUUUGGAUUCAUUAUCAGAUCAUGGGUCUCCUCCCAACUUUGCGGAUGGAAGGUCACGGGGCAGUAGUCCAGAUGACCCUGCCACCAAAGGUGGGCAGUUGCAGAGUGGUGGAGCCUACUUUGGAAACAGUGCAGUAGGAAGUGUUUCCUCCAUGCAAAUUCUUGAGCAGCUGCAACCCAGUGCUUUCCCCCCAACCCUGGAUGAACCCUCUCCUUCCGAUAACCUCAAGUCUCUUGUGCAAGAAUGUGGCGUCGCCCCGCACAAACUACCAGAACUCGUACAAGAACUUCCUCCCAAAGCUCUAUCCUGCGCUACUACUGGAGCUGUGAGCUCACAACUUCUCCAUCCUCAUUGGUUCAUCUCAGCUCAACAAUUCUAUAGCACGCAGAUCCUUAUUAAUUGCCGCGGCAGUUCAGAGCGAUUCACUGGAGCUCGUGCUAGCACGUCUAUUGUGCUCGCUUCCUCACCUUUGAUCGACGCAUCACGGAGUGUUGGAGUCAGCUGGGGGCCGCUGUCCGCACAGCCCAAGCACUAG